AUGUCGCGGGGCGCACCCGAAACGCCAGAGCGCUCGCGACCCAGCUUGUUUGCUACGCCGAAAACUGCUCCUAAUCGCGUGCCACAUACUCCGGGAUCGCACUUGCCGGUUCUGCGUAAGACUAAUCGCGUGUCUCUAACGCCUCGACCCAGCCUUGCGCGAGUGCUUGGCGAUUCGCAGCAUGAAAAUAUUACGCCGCAACAAAAGUUCACGGAUCGCACAUCCAAAGAAGUGCUUGUACAGCUGGAUAAUCUCCGUCACGAAAAGCACGCGCUCAUAAACGAACGGGAAGAUAUGAAAACGCAAAUUCAUCUCGGCAAGCAACGUGAACUCAAGUUGAAAGCACAAAUUGAUAAGCUCGAAGCACUGAAUUCACGAUACAAAGAUCGAGCUUCUACAUACAGUCGCAUUGAAGCACAGAAAGGCGUGUUAGCUCGAGAGCAAGAUGCUGUAAUCGCCCAACUACAUCGUGCUGAGGAUGAAGCAACACAGUAUGCGCUACAAUGCAUCGAGUUGACGGGCGAGCUUGAUGAUCUCAAGCUCGAGCAGAGCACUUUGUCUGCCAAUAUCCAUAAUAAGGGUGCGAAGCAGAUACAAUGCAUAACACAAAUCGCUGCUGACUGGGCCCAUGAAAGGGAUGCCCACUCUCGAUCCCUACUUGAUGCGACACGUUGUCUUGAAACUCAACGGCGUAUCAUUUCGUCGCAAGAGGUUACGAUUCAGGAGCAAGCAGAUUUUUUGCGCGUCAUGCAGGAGCAUGUGCAUGAAUUGUUGACUGAGAGAGAUGCCCUGACCUGUUUGCUUGAGGAGACCUAUGAACGCAUCGCUGGAUCUGAACAAAAUAACUACCAAGCCACUGAUCAAGAUACCCUGUUUUCUUUCGAGGCCGAAAUGCAUUCUGAUGAGGCAUGUACUAAUGCAUGGAAUCUGUGCCUCGCCGAGUCGGAUGCAUUGUGGCACACGAUCAAGUAUGAAACGCUGGCUGCGCGUUGUGAAUGGCUUGAAAAGACCCUUUCUCAUACUCAAAUUAUGCACACGAAAGUUCUCAGCGCCCUUUCCGCUGAGAGACGCAGUAAAGCGGAAGAAGCAUUGAUGGUGGGCUCAAAUAAGCGCAUCGACCUGCUCGAAUCAGAAAAACAAUCGUUGGUGGCAGAACUACACCAGGUGGCAUGGUACAAAGAUGCAUAUGAUGCGCGCACAAAACAGAACGACAUGCUGAAAUCUUUGCUACAUCUACAAAUGCAAAGCAUGGAACAGGUCAAGAAAGUAAACAAGCAUAUAAAAGAUCACGAUGCCAGCAACGCAUGUGAAAGCCUCACGACCCGCAUUGACCUAUUGUAUCAAGAGAAGAAAAAAAUGGAAGCGCGGCGCGAGUUAUUGGCAACGCAAGCACACGAAUUGGAAAUGUGCAUGUCAAUGCAACGUACAAGUCAUGUACCUGGUAUAGGAAACUCUAGACGGGUUUCGAUAUAA